CCUGCUUCCACUUUGGCUUCUCUCGGUCACGCCCCACAACGAUGUCAUCGUCCCGCGUCUCUAGAUUCUCUCCAGCUGAACACUUACAGCACUCCCGUCCUCACUCUCAUCCUUCCAACUAUAUAUACUCGCUAAUUCUAUAAUAUAUUUCUCGAGACCUUUUUGGAUUCCAAAGCCGACUGUCUACUAGUGCACCUUCCCGAUGACCUGAUAUCGUUGUUGUCGCGAUGCACUAACAGCUGAAGACCUUGGCACUGUCUUCAACUACAGCAUCGGAGAUCCCAUUCCCGUUGACCGGAAAGGACAAUAAUUAUACUAUUCCUAAUGUCUAGUCGUCUACAAUGGAAAGCCCGCCCACAAUUACCCUCGUCGAUAACACUAUUCCGGCAGAACGGUCCGCGUCAGUGCAACGGCCCGGUCGCUCGACUGUCCCGUCGAAGAGGAGUCUUGUGAAGAGGAUAUACGUGAAACCAAAAUAUGAUAAAUCAGGUGUUACUGCAGAUGCAAGAAGGGAUUCAAAUACCGAUGAGUCUCCACAAUGGGGACUGUCGUUGACGGAUUCGAAUACCGCCGGUGGUAGUGGAUCGGGGACACGAGAAAGCGGCCGUGAAACAGACCAAGCACAGGAACAGGAUCAAGGGCGCCUUGGGACUGGAGGGAUGAAUCUCUCACCUUCUCAUGGAAAGCAGGAUGAAGAUGAAGCAGCUCAGCCAGAGCAAGCGAAAUCAACCAGGGAGAUCGAUAUCCUCUACGAAAACCAGCGGGGCUGGUUUCUCUGCGGUAUCCCCCUCUACUCCCACCAAUCACUCUUACCAAUCGACCCAUCUGCAUGGGUCAACCGGCAUUGGAAAGAUAGUCCAGUCAAUAUCACGAAUGCACAGGUCCCGGAUCCCAGCUGGGAGUGGGCCUGGAAGACCUGGUACGUCGAUAUGACGGGGGACGUCGAUGAGCAGGGCUGGGAGUAUUCCUUCUCCUUUAGGUCCUCCUCCUGGCAUGGGACUCAUCCCUGGUUCCAUUCUUUCGUGCGCCGGCGCCGAUGGAUCAGGCUUCGAGUUAAACAGACCCCGGGGAGAAGUGCGCGUGGGCGGUCGGGGUUCGAGAGAGCACAUAUGCUUAAUGAAGAUUAUUUUACUAUUCACUCUGCCAGUGCGAAAAGGAAAAAAGAUGGGUUGAGUCUUGCCCCCGCGUCAACUGGGCCGUCAGCGUAUUCUCGUGCUACCACCGAUUUGGAAGGUCCCGAUGAAGAUAUGGAUUUGGAGGAAAUCACUGAUAUUCCGUCGUUGAUGCGCGCUUUGAAGCGUGGUAUUGUGGAUCGAGAGAAAAUUGAAUAUCUCAAGAAGUUUGUCGAGAGGGGAGGUGAAGAGCUUUACUACUUGGAUGACAAUAUACCCGAGAUAAUGUCUCUAUUCAUCUUUCAGAACUCGAGAUGGCAAUUUUUGGCCUAUUUAACUGUUGCCAUCGAGGAGCUUUCUGGGAAUAUUCCCCAAACUCAAGGCAAAGAGGCAGAUGAAAUGAAACGAAGAUAUGAUAAUCUCUCCAGGGCCGCGGACUCUAUUAAGCGUCAUAUAACUGGCCCUAAUAUCUUCGAUGAUGGUAAAAAUUCCUUGUUGAAUUUGACUCCUGCUAUAGGACAGGAAUGCUCAUCCGCCGGCCCAGCAAACGAGUCUGUUGGCCAACGGGGAUCGAUCAAGGGCAUCCCGAAGCAGGCAGAGAUUGAACGCGAGGGCCAUCUUUAUUGAUCCAUCGUGCCAUGGAACAAAGUGGCAUUGUAUUCAGGGGAUCUUUGGUCCUUGAUGAGGUGAAACUUCUUGGAUGCCGUGUCUUGGCAAUUGGAGCAUUGGUAUUCUAAAACAGCAGGCUUCUGGAAAUCUGCUCUUUAUUAUUAUUAAUUUUAGAACUAUAGACCGCAUUUUUUUUUUGGAAGUAUAGAUUAAUA